AUGGGUUUCUGUUUAUAUUUGAUCCCUUUGCAGAUUCGAGGGCUGAUUCGCGAAGCUGGUCGUGAUCUCAUCUCGUUGGCUCAGGGUCUAGUAUAUUGGCAGCCACCAGAGCAAGCAUUGAACAAAGCAAAAGAGACUGUGUGGCCUUCCACUAGUCAUUAUGGUGCUGAUGAAGGCCAUCCAGAGCUCCGGCAGGCAUUGACAGAAAAGUUACGUCAGGAAAAUAAAUUGACCAAAUCUUCUGCUACGGUGACAGCUGGUGCAAACCAGGCCUUUGCAAAUAUCGUGCUUACAUUAUGUGAUGCUGGGGACUCUGUUGUUAUGUUUGCACCUUAUUACUUCAGUUCGUACAUGGCCUUCCAAAUGACAGGCGCCACUGAUAUUUUGGUUGGUCCUAGCAAUCACACGAUGCUUAAACCUGAUGUAGGUGAGACUCCUUCAUGCCAACUUCAAGUGCUAAUGUCGGUUAAUGUACCAGUUGUGAAGCUUGUUUCUGUUGCUACUCCUUGAAACCCUUCUGGUGCCUUUAUCCCAAAGCCUCUCCUCGAGAGAAUUUCAGAUCUCUGUAAGCGUGCAGGAACAUGGCUUGCUGUAGAUAACACCUAUGAAACAGUUAACCAGUUAGAAGUGUGUACUAAGAGCUACACGGGACUUAGUGCUUUUUUGCAUCUCAAGACUUACAUCACGCCAAUGGAUUCGCAUGCAUGGGGCAUGACAUUUACAGAUAGCAAACGGAUAUGUGCUUCAAUCGUAGGGCAGCUUGUCGCCCUCUCCUCUCUAGAGGUGGGUCCCGAAUGUGUUAGAUACAGGGUACAAAACAUUGUAAAGAACAGAGAAGUGCUCAUCAAGGCACUUUCUUCUCUCGGAGAAGAUGCAGGUAAAGGUGGAGAAGGGGCUACUUACCUCUGGCGAAAGCUCCCUGAUAAAUUCUCUAUUGAUUUCGAGGUUGUUAGGUGGCUUGGAAGAAAGCACAGUGUAAUUGUAGUCCCUGGUAGUGCCAGUGGUGGGCCUAGGUACAUUCGAAUAUCUCUUGGCGGGCUCAAGGAGGCUGACUGUGAAGUUGCUGCUCAGAGGCUGAAAAGGGGGCAAGAGGAGCUAGUUCGAGAUCGAAUGGUAUAGGAGUUGCUGUUAUUGGUAUAAUACUACGAUCUUAAAUAGAAUCUAUUUAAGUUUUUCUAGAAUAAGAUGUUGAUUUGGAGAUGUAAGAUUUGGUCACCUUCAUUGUGCGAAGCCUGCCCGUGUAAAAUUUGGUCAUUCAGGUUUUCAUUCCUGAAAAUGUCAA